UGUUUUAAUCUGAGGUUUUAAUAUUACUCUUUGGAUCACAAUGACAUAAAAAUUUAGACAUAGAUAAUUUUAUGUGUCUUUUCUUGGUCUCUUUGCAUAGAUUACACGUAAUUGUAAUUUUUAAGCUUAUUAGGGAUCAUUUAUAUUUUGACUUAUCAGCUUAUUUUCUAUAUUAUUAUUAUUAAGACAAGUUAUUAAUUUUACUUAUUUUUGAGAAAUGAAAGCUAAAGGCCCUAAUCAUCCUUUUGUGGUAUGGGCUUCAUAUUUUUUAUGGCUCAUAUCUUUAUUUUCAAUAACGUGGUCGCUGCUGUUGUUUCUUUUUGUUGGAGAUAUGCUAAUAAUAACUGGAACUGAUCUGGUGAAUGCAUUCGUACUACUCUCGGGCAUAAUAAUGCUGCCUACUAAUGUGCACAUGUUGUAUUCUAUUGCAAGCGGAAAAAAACUUGACCAUAAAGCUAAGGUCGUUUGCUGUCCCAUCUGGCUGUGCAUAGUAUGGAUAAUAAUAAUUAAUUUUGUCGGGGUUAUACUAUGUAUCCAGAGGAUACGAUUAUGCCAAGAAACCGUCAUGAGGAAUUUAUCAAUGGGAAUGCGAAACUACAGGAAUAUGCCCAAAUACAAACAUUUUAUAGACAAUUUGCAGUGGGUGCUUGGCUGCUGCGGGCUCAAUUCAUACAAAGAUUGGUUUGAUCACGACUGGUGCGACAAAAUGCGAGACUAUGAAUGGGACCCGUCUAUUAAUAAACGCGUUGCUCAAAAUAAAAAACAACCAACGGCUACAGACAGCGUGCCACUGAGCUGUUGCAAAAGUGGAUCGUGUAUAUCAAAUUAUUUAUUGGAACUGGGUUCGUAUUCAAUUAACACAAAUGGCUGUGGAGACUUGGUAUACCAAAUAAUAACAAUAUCGAUGAACGUACAUCUAGUAAUGUUUCUUACUAUAAUUAUUGUAGAGGAGCGGUUACCUAAAGUACCCUCGAUAUGUUUAUUAUGCAAAUUUACUAUUCAACAGCUUAUUAUACUCAAAUGUAUAGUUAAAAAAAAUAAGUCACCCUGUAAAUCUAAACGAAACAAAUUAAAUGUAAGACAUAUAAUGCCGAUAAAAAAUAAUUUCAAUGCGUCAAGUGAAUCUUUGCAACUAAAUCCCGACGAUAGUGAAGAUUUGGAUGAAAGUGCGGUACAAGUUGAACGUAUUAAAAUGGACAUUUACAAAAGUGCUGGUCUAAAUCAAUACCAAGGCUGUGUGGAUUCUAUGGAAAGAGUAUUCGAAUGACCUUCACUCAUACAAUCUUAUCAAUAUUUUUAUAAAAAUAUUAUGUUUUGUGUAAAAGGUUGUAAAAAAGUAAUAUUAUCUACCUGCUUAGGUACCUAUUGAGAUCAUAGAACGUAGUUAGUAUACUUACAUUAUAUUUAAAUUUAUUAACAACUAGCUGACCCGGCGAACUUCGCACCGCCUAACAGUCGAUUCUUUAAAUUUUUCUAAAUACUUAUUCUGCUAUUCAAGACACUGGGUCAGCUAGUAAGAUAAAAAAAGAAAGUUGAUAAGUCAUCUCAAUCCUUUGUUCUUUACACAAAGCUUCGCAAAU